AUGUGGAGCAUCCUCUUCUUCCUCCUCUCCUCUUCUGGUGGGAUAUUCCAGAUCAUGGAUGACGCCAUGUGUAGUGGGGGAGAUCCCAAUGUGGGCAUUAAUAACACUGCAGCUCCUAUUUUGUCUGCUGUUGGAUCCAAAGUCAAGGUUAUUAUUUUGAUGGACGAUCCUUGCUAUAUGCCUGGUGUACUUGGCCAGAUCUGCACUGUAUAUGCUAGUAUCAUUCAGUUGUACUGUGAUGUGGCAGUCCAUCAAGACAUGGCCAGGCUGCACUCAACUUGUCAAUAUCCAUCUUUCUGUGUGAUGAGGCUUGCCGUAGAUGUACAAGGUAUCGACUGGACAGCCUUGAUAAUGUACUGUACUGUACAUCAUCCCAUUUGCCUAGGUAGUACGCUGAAGGCUGAGAAAUUACCGCUCACUGGGGGCUGGCUGGGGAUGGACGUCCAGAUCGGGAAAUUAACCAGUCGAUCAGUGGCCAUGCUGUCCCGCCGCGGAAUUGAUGCCGGCAAACAUCUCGGUUUGAGACUUGCUCGAUAUACCUUUCUCAGAAAGAUUGAGAGGAUGUCCGGACAAGAUUCGAUGGAUUGCACAGUAGGAGCUCAGAAUGCAAUGUAUCCUUGCCUGUAUUUAAUGUAUAUGGGUGGUAUGAAUGUAACCUAG